UGUCAAUUUUUUUUAACAUUUGAACUUUUUACCACAAAGUUGAAGCAAUACGCAGCGAACCUUGCAAUCUGACACGGUUUCUUUGUCUCCAAAUAGAUUGUCUAAUUAACAUGGUAUAUUUGUAUCCUUUACAUUUAAUUACAUAUUAACGUUCUUCAGUGGUAGCCGGACUUAAUAUCAGCUGGAUUUCUAUAGUUGCCAACAGACUAGGAAAGAUGAUUUUCCUUACAAUAUGUUUCCAGCUUUUCGUGAUUUCGGAGUGUGUUAAUAUAUCUGUCAUUGAAGACCUCUAUACUGUCAUCAAAAACCAGCCUGAAUAUGAAAACUUGACUGUUUUUGAAUUAAAGACAUCCACAGAUUUUAAUGCUGAAAAUCCGCUACCAAGCAACAUGUUCCCUGUUCUGUAUGAGACCCGGAAGUAUAACUUCAUUCAUGACGUCAUUGAGGAGAUUGCUUACGAAGAAAAUACAACGUCUUCAGCCUUGAUUGAAAACGACGAGUUCCUUAUACCGUUACAUUUAAAGUUUACAGAAAAGGAUUGUGAACUGGGUCCAUCUCAUGGACAAUGUAGCGAUGACCAAUACAGAUCACUGGACGGUUCCUGCAAUAACAUGGUAUCCCCAACCUGGGGCAUGUCUGGACAGGUUCUCCGGCGCUAUCUGUCCCCUGGGUAUCAUGAUGGAAUAGAAAUGCCAAUCUCCUUAGACAUCACUGGAGAACCGCUUCCCAGUGCAAGGGAAAUCAGUAACUUAUUCCAUAGACAAAGUGAUGUUAUGGAUAUGAACUUGGUUCUAUCUGCUAUGGUUAUGCAGUGGGGACAAUUUUUGGAGCAUGAUAUUUUAUCUGUACCUGCAUACAGAGACAAGAAUGGCCAGACUUUAGAUUGCUGUGGAAGAGACAAGAACAAUCAUGAAUGCUUCUCUAUAAAAGUUCCCCCAAACGACCCAUUCUUCAAAAACCGAUGCAUCCCGAUGGUACGUUCUGCACCUGGUGUUGGACCAAUGUGUUACACUACAAAAAGAGAACAACUGAACCAGGCAACAGCGUUCAUCGAUGGCUCUCAUAUUUAUGGCACAAACACAGAGACACUGAGACAAAUAGUUGAUGCAGAUACUGGAAAACUAAAAGUAAAUGGCAACAAUUUGAUUCCAACUGCUGAUCCUGGCCUAGAAAAUUGUAUCCUGGAGAAGAGUUUUGACUACUGUCAAAAAUUAGGUGAUGAUAGAAUAAAUCUAAGCCCAGCUCUCACUUCAAUGUACACUUUGUUUGUAAGGGAACACAAUCGUCUUGUCGACAAACUACAAUGUAGAAACCCGCAAUGGCUUCCAGAAUUUGUCUUCCAAGAGGCGAGGAAGAUCAUUGUAGCUCUGAUUCAACAGAUCACUUACACCGAGUACCUUCCGGUCAUUUUAGGGAAGGAGGGCAUGUGGAAGUACGGCUUAACCAUCAAUAUUGACGGAUACGACUAUUCUACCUAUAAUCCAAAUGUGAAUGCUGGAAUCGCUAACAGUUUUGCUUCUGCAGCUAUUAAAUUUAUCCACACCCAAAUGCCAAGUAUGCUUGGUUUUUACGAAAACCAAACCCAGUACGUAGAUUUAGAGAAAACGUUUCACAGACCCUGGUAUGCGCAACAAGAUGGCGGCAGAGGCAUGGAAGAGAUAAUGGAAUGGCUGGUUAAUGAUGCUCAACCGGAAACCAAUAGAUUUUACGUUCGUACACUGACAGAUUCCUACCUUGAGUAUAACGGAAGUAGUUUGGACCUGGCAGCUAUUGACAUACAGAGGGGGCGGGACCAUGGACUUCCGGCCUACAACUCAUGGCGGAGGUUCUGCUCACUUCCAAUCGCAGACAAGUUUGAAAACCUGCUGGACCACGAACCUGAAAUGAUAGAAAAACUGAAGCAGAUAUACAAAUCGCCAAUGGACAUAGACCUAUUG